CUCUCAAGUUAUACAAACCUAUAUAACUAACCACCCGUAUCUCUAGAGUCUAGACCCUAGUUGUCUUGUCAUGUCUUGUCAGUAGUGCGUCUUUCAUUCUCAGUGAUCUUUGUCACUUCCUUUCUAUAGUAUUUACGUCUGUGUUGGCGUGGUGGCGAUUAAUAUGUACUAUGUACGCAUAUCCAUGGUCAGCUGAGAUCAUUCGAAAUCUCGCAAUUCAGAAUUACGCAUUCGAAAAUGCUGACUUUUUGAAAUCUCACGCGUGUUUGUUGACUCCCGUAUUUUUGAGAAUCCUUUAAAAUGGUGGAACCAAUUUUUGAUUAUCAAUUUCGCCUGAUACUGAUUGGCGACAGCACAGUUGGAAAAAGCUCUCUCCUGAAAUACUUCACCGACGGCAAGUUCGCCGAGCUCUCGGAUCCGACUGUGGGAGUAGAUUUCUUUGCUAGACUGAUAGAAGUUAAAGAUGGCACAAGAAUCAAAUUACAAUUGUGGGACACAGCUGGUCAGGAAAGAUUUAGGUCAAUUACGAAGUCCUACUACAGAAACUCUGUCGGAGCUUUGCUCGUCUACGACGUUUGCAAUCGGGCGAGUUUCGAGCAUAUACCCCAGUGGAUGAUGGAAGCUCGUAGACAUAUUGAGCCAAAUCGUCCAGUCUUUGCUCUCGUAGGUUGCAAGCUCGAUCUAGUAACAAAUGGAGGUCGACGUGAAGUUUCCAAAGAAGAAGCUCGAGCUUUCGCCGAUCAAAAUGGGAUCCAUCUCAUCGAGACUAGUGCAAAAACGGGAGUCAAUGUCGAGGAAGCUUUUCGAGCCGUCACUCAAGAAGUCUACAAUAGAAUACAAUCUGGCGAAUACAAAAUUGAGGACGGCUGGGACGGAAUAAAAACUGGCUAUGCUAGGCCCAGUGGUUUAGAUUUUAAUCUAGUCGAGGCUGAACCUGCAAAGAGUUCCUGUUGCUAAGUCAAUUUUCAACGAAAAACAAGAAUGCAGUAGAAAAUUCUGACUUGUCGCAGUUAAAUUCGAAGUCUGCGACCAAAUCAUAAUGACUGAUCACGAGCCAAGAGAGUUUGCAGCUUGGAAAAUUAAUUUUCAUUCGCAAGUUCUUCACUUAAUUCUCUUCUGAAUGGACAACAAUUACAAUUCUUUACGAAGUUAACUCUCAGUAAAAAUAGUUUUCUCUAAUGAAAAAAAAAUGAUUAAUAUUUUCUGGCUUAACAUGAUUUUAUCAUAAAAUAUUUAGUCUGCCCUAUAAAUUUGUCCCAUUUUGCGUAAAACAAGUGUGCUGACUUCCCAAUGCAUGCAAUAUUUUCUACUGCAUUCUAACUGUAUAAAAAAAGACUCUUAAAAUAUAUCGAACAUUGUGUAUAGAGAUAGAUAUUGAUUUUUGUAUAUAGUUUAUCUAAGAUACAUUAUAAUUGACAUUGGGCGGAGUAUACGAAAUAUCCUUGGUUCGUUAUUUUAAUUCUGUCUCAAAUUGAUUCGGAGCCUAUUUUCAUACUGCGUUUAUUAUUAAGAAAAUAAGUUAAGAAAUAUUAAAAAAGGGAGUAUCCCCUCUAUAAUCAUUUAGUAUGCCCGCAAAUAAUUUUUCAUCUGAUUUGUAUGUUAAGAAAGAUGUGGGCGAUGAUUUUCGAAAAAUCAAUUCGGGUAAUAAUGUCACGUGUAACAAAUAUUUUAUACUCGGAACAUCUUUGUAAUAUUUAACAUUCGUAGAAUAGAAUUCAUGGUGUUUUUACCUGGAACGGAAAAAGAUAUUUGGAAAAGUUUGUUGAAUGAGGGAAAAUAUUUUUUCCUCUCUCAGGAAACUUGUUUUAAAAAUGCAAAUUUUAUUGAUCUAUAAAAAUUGCAUAGUAGUGGAUAUGUAUAAUUAAUUAACUUUAAGAUACUAUUUAUGUAGGUAAUCGAACGCUAUCAGAAGAUGAUGCGACGGAAUGUUUAUAUACUAGACUGAAGAGAAGAUUAAUCUUCUUAUUAAAAAUCAAGUAACAAAAA